GCUAAGAGCGCGGGCCAAUGGGCGACUGCGCUCGUCUCCCUGCUCCACUGCGAGCCAAUCAGGACCGGCGCUCGAAGGAGCGCGCAUGCGCGGGUGGCGGCGGGUUCGCGGCGGUUUUGCUGUGUGGUGGUCCGCAGCUGCCCUUUUCUCCCGCGAGCCCUGAGCGUGCAGGGACCAUGCAGAAGGCCUCGCGCCUGCGGAGAGAGCUGAGCCUGUUGGCCACCGAGCCCCCGCCCGGCAUCACAUGCUGGCAGGACGCGGACCAGCCACAGCUGCGCGCGCAAAUAAUAGGUGGAGCCAACACACCUUAUGACAAAGGUGUAUUCACACUGGAAGUGGUUGUUCCUGAGAGGUACCCGUUUGAACCACCUCAGAUCCGAUUUCUGACUCCAAUCUAUCAUCCGAACAUUGAUUCCGCGGGAAGGAUUUGUCUCGAUAUUCUCAAGCUGCCGCCAAAAGGAGCCUGGCGGCCGUCCCUCAGCAUCGCCACCGUGCUGGCUUCCAUCCAGCUGCUCAUGGCGGAGCCCAACCCCGACGACCCGCUCAUGGCUGACAUCUCCGCAGAGUUUAAAUACAACAAGCCCAUCUUCCUGGAGAAUGCUCGGCAGUGGACAGAGAAGCAUGCAAGGCAGAGACAGAUGGCUGGCGAGGAGGAGAUGCCUGGAACCCCACCAGCGGCCGGUGACUCGGUAGCACACAACACAGCACAGAAAAGGAAGGCUGGGCAGCUGGGAGGCAGGGAGAAGAAAGUCUGCCCCGAUGUGUAGGGGCUGCCGCUGGCCCUGGCCCUGGCCCUGGCCCUGGCCCUGGCCCCGGCACAGCAGAGUCUGCGUUUGGACCAGGGCAGCCUGGUUGGCCCUCCCACCUCACCUGGUUUCCUUGUAUUUGAUGACGCUGUUGCAUUUGUGCCGUAUAAAGCAGGCCUCAGGUAGUUAUGUGUUCUGCCCGUCACUGGUUCUCUAGUGGAGUUUGUUUUAUUUAGCUUGUACAUAUGUAUUUUGAGAUGUUUUAAACCUGAAAAAUAAAUAAUCACUUA